AUCGACGGAAAGGGCGAAGGGGCUGACUCUACGCUUAUUACGCUUAAUUAGACGGCGAACGACUCCUCUACACGGAAUACCAGAUGAGGGGGAUUCCCGGGCCGCAACCUCUGCAGGGUGAUGAAUUCAAAGUGGUAGACAAACCCAAACGCUUCUUCCAACUCGGCCGCAUCUUCGCGACCGACUGGUUCGAGCCGGCCACGGCAGACAUGCUCGACCGCAAAACACCCCCGGGAGCCCUGGCGAGCGGCUGUCAAGGCCCCCACGGGGGGAAGCACAUCACCAAGUCGCGCUGGUUCGUCGUGGUGCGCAGGCGGCUGCACCACUCGCUGUGCUUCCGAAUCACCACGUACGGCGGGACCAACGCGGCCAAGACGAACCGCGGCCGGGCCGAAGACUUCGUGGUGCUGUACAGGGCCAACGUCAGGCCGGCCCGCCCGUACGAUGACGAGGAGAUCUCGCGGAAACCCAUCGCCGUCAUCGUCGAGGCCCCCGACCAGUACAUCUCGCCCAUUGCCAGGCUGGACUGCGGGAGGAUUUACACCGUCGAGGACAACCUGAAGGUUGCCAAGAUUGGCCGGGUUCACCCUUCUCAUCUAGACUUGUUGGAUGAGUAUUUCAAAGCGAGUGUGAAAUGAGAGCGUUCUUUUUCUUUUUC